UAGUUUUCCAUUUAUUUACAUUUUUUUUUCAGUUUUGCGUCGUCAUUUUACGUUUUGUUGCGAAAUCAAAAUUGUAAUCUACCACCACAAAAAAGAGAAGCAUGCAUCUACAACACAAAAUCCCAUGGAAAGAAUUGGUGCAAUGUCUACGGAUUGACAACACCGAAAUUUCAUUACCAGUGGGUGAAUGUGGAAAAAUCCAUUUGAUCGAUAAGGCGACAAAGAUUAAAGUCGCAUCGCGAAAAUUUCUAACCAGUGAUCAAAUAUGUGCAUCUAGCCAAUGCAGUGACACAACAAAUAUUCGCAGUUUUUCGAAAAACAAGUUAACAGAGCCGAUCCUAUCUCGUUGUUCGAUCCGAUACAAUGGAUGGAGAAAGGACAAAUUGAAAUACAUAAACGAUAAAUUUGCUGAGACUGUGAUGGAGUUUGUUGCCACCGAGGAGAGGAAGUUCAGCAGCCUAAUACACUAUGCAGAAAAUGAAAUUGUACCUGAAUCAGAACUACUGCACACAAUUUGUACGGAAUGCCGAUAUCAACCCUGUAAAUAUGGAUGCACAGAUUUUUUGGUUUUUUCGUUGUACUCCAACUAUCAAAUUGAUAAGCUGCUGUGGCUGGACAGUGUAGGAAAGGUGAAUAUAAAAGCUUCCCUAAGUAAGACAUAUGGUGGACAAGCUGUUGGGAAUGGCUACCAGUUUCUUGUUAUAUACCAUUUGCUGCCGUUUUAUGUACGAAGCAAUGCUAUUAUUGCUUGUGGCUAUGAAGCAGACGAAAGCAAAUGGGGUGACCUUCAGCCGAGCGCUUCCUUUCGUAGGAGCAUUGAGUACGACUGCGAUUUUUUGACAUUCAUUCCGAGUCUGAGACCGUAUUUACACAAGGAUGUGUUCAUGAAGGAUAUGAAUAAGACGAUGGAACUAUUACGAAUUGUAUUCCGGCACAUUUACGUCUAUAUUUUUCUAAUUAAAAAGUUCCAUUGCUAUUAUGGUGAUAUCGAACACAUUAAGCACGAUUUAAAAAUGCAGUGGUUUUUCGGGUUUCGAGACUUGGAUGAAUAUGGUAAUUAAGGUUUUGCUGUCUUCUUAAUUUACUGUUACACGAAGAACAAAUAUAUAUUUACAUGUUUUA